GCGAAACUAUAAAAGGUCACCGGGGAGCACCGGACAGAUCACUGCAGUCGACUCUUGUCUGUGUUACCUGUACCCACACAAAGCAAAGACAGCAGAGUUCAGAAUGCCCUUCGCCGGACUGACAGAUGCUGACGUCGCUGCAGCCCUGGACGGGUGCAAAGACGCUGGCACAUUCGACCACAAGAAGUUCUUCGCCGCCUGCGGGCUGACCGGCAAGUCCGACGACGACGUGAAGAAGGCCUUCGCCGUCAUCGACCAGGACAAGAGUGGCUUCAUUGAGGAGGAAGAGCUCAAGCUGUUCCUGCAGAACUUCAAGGCAGGUGCCCGCGCACUGACAGAUGAUGAGACAAAGAAAUUCCUCAAGGCCGGAGACACCGACGGUGACGGCAAGAUCGGCGCUGAUGAGUUCGCUGCCAUGGUUAAAAAGUAAUGUGUCAUACAACGGCCAAUGACCAACAACACCUGCUCUGAUGGAACAACAAAGCCCACGUCGACCUCCCCCCUUUUCAUCUGAAUAUAAAUAAUUUUUAUACAUAUGCUGAACAGACGUUUAUCCUCCUAUGCAACACACUGUCCAAAAUGAUGAUGAUUGUGAAUGUCGCUCGGUUGUGUUCAUGUCUUAAAUAUGAAUUUUGCUUACUGUAAAAUCUCUAUGAUGCACUUUCCAGGAACGAACGGUACAAAAAGAAUAAAUAUUCUUUUGCUAUGGUCUUAUUGGA